AAUGAGCGUUUUAAAACUUGUCAUUUUGUCUGUGAGUUUAACAAAAUUGAAACUCGUUUGUACAAAAUUAAGUGCAAAAUUGCAAUCCAUGCUUAAUGGGCUAUCGUUAUGUGGGCAAGAGCUAACUGCGAUUGGGAAAUGCAUUUGAAUUUAAAUCAAUUUACCUAUUACUGUGGCAUGUCCGUUGGUUAAAGUGAAUAUUUUGAUCACUUUAUUAAUCAUAAACAGAGAUUUCGGUUAGUUGAAGAUCUCUUCAUGAUAAAUUUAACAGAGCAAACCAAAAAAAAUUUGUCAAAUGUGAGGCUAACCAUAGAUGUAGUUAACGCGUUACAUAAUGCAUGACUACUUUUUUUCGGUGGUAAUUAUAUUGGCUGUAUCAGUGAUUGGUUUAAGGUCUGCUUCUAUUUAUAUUCCCGAAUCUCAUCUCAUUUUUCAAAAGUUGUAUAGCACUGCCCAGACUGCCGUUGAUGCUAAAAAUCCACUUACGACGAGGGAUCGCAUAUCUCUUCACGGCUAUCCGGUAGAGCAUCAUCAGAUUGUCACCGAGGACGGCUACAUUUUGGGUGUCUUUCGAAUACCUCAUUCUCACAAGCUGCAAAACCAGAAUAAUACCCGUCCGAUAGUGCUUAUUGAGCAUGGUCUAAUGGGUGGUUCCGAUGUUUGGCUUUUUCUUGGUCCAAACCAUGCUUUGCCCUAUCUGUUGGUUGACUCCGGCUUCGAUGUGUGGCUCGGCAAUAGUCGAGGCAAUACGUACUCGAGAAAGCAUAGCUCAUUAUCCGCAGACACGCCUGAUUUCUGGAACUUCAGUUGGCACGAAAUUGGAUACUAUGACAUUGCAGCCAUGAUCGACUACUCGUUAGAAAAAAAUGGACAAGGACACAAGGCCGUUCACUAUGUGGGCCACUCUCAGGGUACAACCAUUUUUUUUACAUUGAUGUCGUUGCGUCCCGAAUACAAUGAGAAGAUCAAGACAGCUCACAUGUUUGCUCCCGUUGCGAUCAUGUCCAAAAUGCAAUACAAAUUAGUUCGUAAGCUAUCGCCUUAUUUAGGACAUCAGAAUUUAUAUUCGAGGCUAUUCGCUAACAUGGAGUUUUUACCAUAUAAUGGCUAUGUUUUGAGAAUUUUCUCUAAUUUAUGUGGACCUGACCAAGUUUUUCGGUCAUUUUGUGUGUAUCUUAUUAAAGCGUUUUACAAUAGUACUCGUUGGAAUAGUACUGCCAUGACGGAAGGUAUUGGUAACCAGCCAGCGGGAUGUUCUACCAAUCAAAUAUUGCAUUAUAUGCAAGCACAUGAGUCAGGACGUUUUCGUCAGUACGAUCAUGGCGCCAAAAAUAAUCGAAAAGUAUAUAAUUCAGCGGAACCACCCGACUAUCCAGUCGAGAAAAUUACAUCAAAUGUGCACUUAUGGUAUUCAGAGAACGAUAUAAUGGCUGCUGUGGAUGAUGUGUUGGCUCUGGCCAAGCGUCUGCCCAACAAGGAGUUGCACUUUAUGGAAGACCCAUUGUGGGACCACGACGACUAUGCGUUGAACACGGAGCUUCGCACAUAUAUUAAUGUUCCAGUCAUUGAGAUUAUGAAGAAAUUUGAAAGUUCUGAAAAUUAA